AUGGUUUCUACCCACGCCCUUCUCCAGGCCAUCCUUGUGGUUGCCGGCGCCGCAGCUGCCACCGCCGCUCCCCAGGGAACGAUCUUUCUAGACAGAGUACCACUCAUGCCGAGGAUCCCCAGCAUGGCCAAGCACCACGAGGUCCUCCGAGCGCGUGCUACGAUGGAGGUGGACCACAGCGUCUUGGUGAAGGCGACGUGCCUCGACUCCAGCCAGGAAAUCAUUCUUCACGACGAAACCGUCGCCCAGCUCAGCAUAUGCGGCGGCAUGGCCGGGUCCAUCGACCGCUGCAAUGGCGCGCCCGCAGCGACUGUAGGCGAGGCCGGCUCGGCCCUGUUCGCGGUGACGGCGGACGAUGCGGGCGCUUCCAUCACCAUCUCCAAGGAGCUGUGGAUGCGGUGUGUGCAAGCGGCGCGCGACCAGUGCCCAACGGGGAGCCUCUCGGCGACGUGUGUGGGGGGCGCUUCGACUGGUGACGUGAGCUUUACGCUCGAGAUGCCGCAGAACCAGGAUCUGUAA